CCUCCUCCAAUCGCGUCCCGGCAUCAGAGUCACGCGGUCGAACUGACCAGCGUCGCGCGACUCCGGCUAAGGCGCUGACGUCUCAUCAGGCUAGGGCUUCGGGGACCUGCCGUCCCCGCCCUCCUCUUCGGCGAUUGGCUGAGAGAGAAGCGUUUGGCAGUUUGGAAGCCACGCCCUUCGCUUCACCGUUUUCUCUCGGCGGCGGCGGCGGUUCCCUCGCGUGCUUUCUGAGGGAAGAAGGAGAGGCAGCGAGGGGCGGGGUCCCUGGAGAGGACUACCUGACCUCAGAAGCUGCAAUGGACCUCGUCCUGAACUACGCAGACAGCUGCAUUUUGACGCCCUGUGUUUAUCCAGCAACAUGGCCAGAAGAGGAUCCUUUCCGACAGCUGAUCAGCCUCUUUGUCAUAACCAACCUUGGCGGACUCAUCAUUUAUUUUCUGUUUGGCACUCUCAGCUACUACUUCAUAUUUGAUCACACUCUGAAGAAACAUGCCCAGUUUUUAGAGAAUCAGGUGGCGCGCGAGAUAAAAUACAGUGUCAAAUCAUUGCCAUGGAUCAGCGUCCCCACCGUUGCUAUCUUCUUUGCCGAAGUGAGAGGCUACAGCAGACUGUAUGACAACAUUGAGGACUCUCCUUAUGGUUGGUUUGGUGUUAUCUUCAGCAUGCUGUCUUUUCUUUUCUUCACUGACAUGUGCAUCUACUGGAUUCAUCGAUUUCUCCAUCAUAAGCUUUUUUAUAAGCAUUUGCACAAGCCUCAUCAUCUGUGGAAGAUCCCAACUCCGUUUGCAAGCCACGCUUUCCACCCCGUGGAUGGCUUCCUUCAAAGCAUCCCUUACCACAUCUACCCCUUCCUCUUCCCUCUGCACAAGGUGACCUACUUGGGCCUCUACAUCUUUGUCAACGUUUGGACAAUCUCCAUCCACGACGGGGACUACCGGGUUCCCGAUGCCUUAAAGCCGAUCAUCAACGGGGCUGCUCAUCACACUGACCACCACCUGUAUUUCGAUUACAACUACGGCCAGUACUUCACGCUCUGGGACCGAAUAGGAGGCUCAUUUAAAAACCCCUCCUCUUUUGAAGGGAUGGGGCCUCAUGAUUACUUGAAAAAGCUGAAAGAGAGUGAAUCGAGUGGGAUGAGAAAUGGUUCCGGGGAUGAGAAAAUGCACAACGGCAACAGUCUUAAAAACAAAUAGGUGGAAAUGUCUUAAAUCAGCCUUGUUUUUAAAGAACUGCAUCAAAGUAGAACUGACCUCUCAUAUAACGUCAUGAGGCUUCUGGCACUGUAGGUCUUGCCAAGGGACGGGAUUUUGCAGUUGACACCCACAGGGUUGUGCAAUGGACCGUGCGAGAUGAAGCAAAAGUUACUAAGAUGUCUUCAGUAUACAGUAUAAUAUCCAUGCUAAUGACAACAGCAUGUUCCAUAUCGGAAUCCUCUCUCCUUUCUCCCAAGAUGCAUUGGAGCCAAAACCUGGCAAGUGAGUUCUGCCACUGCCGCAGAAAUGAGACUAUGAGCCCGGCAUUGGCUUCCUGGGCUUCUUUGCUUCAAAAUGGCCCUUCAGCACUGGAGCCCGGGCUUAGAAGCAGCUCUCGUGUAAUACCAACAUUUGAUUUGAAGACGCUACCAGUCAGUGCUCUGCCAUUAACCUGCGAUUGUUUUUGCAUUUACUAGAGUUUAAAAAGGGAUAUCUGGACAAUUGUGUGGGGGUGGAAUAAAAAGGUAACAGUAAUGGCUUUUUUGCACACAGAAUGGAUUACCAGCAUGAAGCCUGUAACAGAUGGCAUGCCCGGUUUUUUCCCAAACGCGCCAGUCUGUUGAGGCAAAGAGAAAUACAAGGAAUAGUUUGAUGGAAAGCAAAAAAAAGAAAGUUGUGGUGGUUUUGUAGGUUGUCGUCAAAGGAAGCUGUUUUUUAAAAAAUACUGAAACACCCUGAUUUGUUUGGUAUAUGUCAGAUGUCUAGAGGGUAGUAGUUUGCAUGAAGUGUAUUUGAGCUGUAACACUUCUACAGGCCUGACUUCUGUUGUCGAUGCUGCAGAAUAAGCUUUGCUGAGGGUUUUUUUUUUUACUAUUCCUCAACCAAAAAGCAUUGUGGAAAAUACAGAACCCCAGUACAGGAACUCGAUAUUUUUAAAAAGAUGUCUUUAUUAUGCCUUCAGAAAUGCUGUUGCCUCUGCUUUGUAGGGAAUUGCACUCGAGAGGUUGAUAUAUUUACCUUCCCAUAGGAUACAUGUGUCUGUUCUACUGAGAAGGCCUUAUGAUUUGCUUCAGGCGAAGAAUCAAGAUUUUCAGAUGAAGGUUUUUCUGGAACACUUCUCUCUGUUUUGUGGGGAGGGUGUGCGUGCCUGUGUGUAGGGAAGAAGGAAAAAAAAUUGCCAACUGAAUUUUACAUUUAAAGGAAUUAAAGACAUACGUUUAA